AUGAGUCAAUCACCCAACAAUAAUGAGAAAUCAUCAUCCAAGGGUAGCAAGAUCCAACUUCGUCUCAAGAGCUUCUUUUCCAAAGUAUCAUCUUCGUCAUCGAGCGGCGGAGGAUCUUCAUCCACACCAUCGUCAUCGGGAACCACUUCACCCAAUCGCUCACCAAGCUUGACGAACAUUCAUCAUGAUACCUCACCAAAAACAACACCAACAACAACAACUCAAACCCUACUCAAUUCUAACAUUUCCUCUGUGAAUAGCUCUCCAAAUAUUACCAUUACCAAUGUUGCAACUACACCAAACCAUUCGACGACCAAUCAUCUCGAUAUUCCCUUCCGUAAAAAUAGUUUGAGUAACAAUGAUGAUGGUGAUCUGAGCUCAGCAUCUUCCUCUACGGUCAAUACCUUUACCAAUAAUUCCUCCCUGACUCUGAUUCCAAAUCAGCAGCAAAUUCCUCUUCAUCCGUCCUUGUCAUCAUCCCCACCUAACUCGCCCUCUCCCAUUUCCAAGAGUCCAAUUCCCAAAACACCAACGCAAACACAUAAAAAUAAUGCAUCCUCUCCUCCUCGUGUCAUUGAUCCAUGCGUUUCGGAAGAGGCUCAUGAAGAGGAUGAUCAUCCUCUCACGCCAAUGAAAAAUACUAGUGGUGGUGGUAUUUUUGGAAAAAAGGUAGAUUAUGUAUUGGGAUCAUCUCCACAGAAAAGUACAGCUCAUGAAUUAUCAGCCGCCUUAUCAAUGAGUCGGACAGAAGUACCAACGUUGGACGAUGAAAGUCGGCAAAAAGGUGUAUUGAAUGAAGAGGAAGAGGAUGAGUUUUCAUUGGAACCACCUCCUCAUCCAAGAGGUUCCAAUGCAGCUCGAAAAACUUUUGAUUUUGCAUCAUCGGUUGGAUCUUCCCAGCCUUCUUCGAAUUUUGACAAGUAUGGAAGUUUAGGAAUGGUUGGCUUGGGAAGUAGUUUAGGAAGUUUACAAAGUAACAUUUUACAUCAUGGUUCAGAAGAUCAUUACUUACAUCAACAUCAUCAUCAACAUGAUCCAUCCUUUAGUACAACAGCCUCCUUUGACUCCACAAGGUCAACACCUCAAGUACAUAGUUUUCGAUUAGCUCAUCGUUUGACAUUGGACCCUAAUGCAAUGAGUCACUUCAAAGAUUCUCAUCAUUUAGACGCCUCAUUUUCAGAUGAUGCAAGUACACAAGAGGAAACUUCGUCGUCACCAACUCCUCUCAAUAUUGAAGAAAUUUUUCAGGUUCAAUCAUUGGAAAAUAACUCGACAAUUUCCAUGACUGGCUAUGCUGAAACUUUUCUUUCUUCAUUUGGAGAAUUUAUAUCGUCGAACGAGACAAAAUCGUCCACAACAUUUUCAGUUCAGGGAUUGCCCAACAUAUUCAUUCCAGUCAAUUAUUUAGAAACGAAUGGAAAUGAUCAAUCUCUUUACGGUUUUUCUCAACAAAAAGCUGCAAAAUCCCCUUUAUUAUCUCAUCUCUAUGAAAGCGAAGUUGCAGAAUUGCCACUUCAUGCAAGAAAAAUGAUUCGUGACAAAUUCGAAUCAAACUUCCAAGUACUAUUAUCCAAUUCUAAAAAACAAUUUCACCUCUCUAAGAGUACAAUGAAAAAGUUAUUCAUUCUCUCAUCCAAGAAACACAUUGUAGAGGAAAAUAAGUGGAGAAUGUUCGAAGAAACCUUAUUAUCAAGAGAUAUUCGCUAUCAUAAUGAUCCAAAAAGCAUCAUACCUUCGAGCACGCACUUGACAGACUAUAUUUUCCCAAAAGAAAAAGAGAGACCACGGAGCAGAUCCAAUUCUGGUAUUGCAACCUUGAAGCCUUACCAAAUAGAUGUUGAUAAGCAACGAGCUUUAUCGCCUCCUCCUUCAUUGUCUCCUCUGUCUCUCACACCCAUACCAAGCCCUUCACUGACCAAUGAACCAAUGUUUAGAAGAAAGGGUUCUGACACUUUUACAAAUUCUCCUACUGACGAUACACAUUCAAGUAAGGGAUCUGCUUAUGAUUCUAGCGAUUCUGACGAUGAAGAACGUGAAUAUAUUACAAACUUCAAUCCUGCACUGGCCCAUGAAAUUCCUCACGGAUUUCUCUCAACAAAAAUUGAAAAUUUAAAGGAAUUUCUGCGCGAAUCUAGCGACGAAAUUGGUGGUUCUCGAAAAAACGUGAACAGCAACGAGUACAAAACUUGGAAGAAGGAACAUUGCGUUCUAGAAUUUUUAACUGACGAAUUGCUGAAUACGCAAGAACUUAAAACAAAAAUGUUUCCCUUCUUGUUCAAUUCUAAUGAAUGUCUGAAAGAUGGCUCAACUGAUUUACUCUUACAAAGUUUUGAAGUCAUGAAGCCAGAUAUUGACAAUAGAGCGAAAUUGAUUAUUGAGAUUGAAAAAUUUAAACUUGAUUUUAUUGAGGAAUAUUUAAAUGGAGUUGCCCUGGAGCAAUUCUAUGGCGCUAUAACAUUGUAUGAAACAAAGCCUCCUGAUGGGUCGCAUACAUCUUUCGUAUCAGGAAUCAAGAGAUAUAGUGAGACAUUCACAUUUUCUUUGGCAUCAGGUGUGAAUAGCAAAAAAGCAUUGUUUUAUUUGAGUCCUCAAAAUCUUCCAAAUUAUGCUGGCCAAAAACCAAAAGAGAAGGUCUAUGUGCUGCUGCGACUUUUCAGAAACUUUAAAGGCAAUUACACAGAGUAUUUUGAUGAUCUUUAUGUGAAGGGGAAACAGGCUAUGAAACCAGGAGACAAGAUCAACAAUGUCAACGAAUUGAAAGAGAUGAAGGCAAUUCGAGCUGUAAAAUCAAGCUUUUUCGAAUCAUUGAAAGAUGUCUAUGCUCCAUUCGCUUGGUCUAUAAUGGAACUUGACUCUAUGCUUUCAUCAUUACCAGCACUGCAAUUCCCAAGUCUGUACGUGAAUUACGAAGGUCUAUCAAAUCAAUUUCUUGUGAAGAACAUUUAUAAUGUACCUGCUAAAUUAGUGGGUGAAGUGAGCGAUGAAAAGCUAUUUGAGGUUUAUUUUGCCAACAAUUUGAAUCAAUCCUCAAAUCUAGUAGAGCUUUCCACAACUGAAACUGGCUUUUCACAAAACUUAUCCUUGCUUUCAUCAAGCACAAACCAACCAGAGAAGACAGUUCUCAAUAGCUCCAAAGACAUUGUUAGGCAAUUGUCGAAAGUAAUACUUCGUACUGUACCAAGUCAAUUCUCAUUCAAAGUAUCGUUAAUACCGCCAAACAAAGUCAACCCUUUUACAAAAUCUCUCUAUGGAAAAGAAAAGCAAUAUCAAUAUGUGCAAAGAAAAUACCUUCCAGAGAACAACUUGUUGGUGCUUCAAAAAGAGCCAACAACUGCCGAGCAUGUCACUGAUAAGAAAUCGAAACGACAACAAAAAGAUAUUGAUAUCAAAGACCCUUUACAGACAGAUCUUCCUGUGACAGAAAUGGAACAAUUUUAUUCCUCCAAUACCAUGCCAGAAACCACUUUCAGACAUUUCAAUUUACGUAAUGAUCUUUUCAUAUAUCCUCAAAGUGGUUCAUUUUCUAAAUUUUCUGCCAAACAUGAUAACGUGCAUCUUACAGUCUCGCUCUAUGAUAAUGAUACCAACUUCUCACUAAACACGAUGGAGCAAAGAAGCAGAAACAUAUUUUCCAAAGCAUUUUCUGGGGAUAAUCCAAGUACUCGUACAAAUGAGGGAGAAUGUGUCUCGGUUUCUUUAAAGGCAGAGAAGCCUGAGUUUAGUGGUGAGAUUAAAUGUGCUGUACCCUGCUAUUAUCCUUCUGACGGUGAAGAUAGUCGACAACAUUUAGUGUUCAAAUUUUACAAUGUGCAACACAAGGAAUCUGUUCAACAGGGAAAGAAAGGCGAUACAGACACAAAUACGGUACAGUCAAAAACACUCUUUGGAGUUGCCUUUUUGAAAAUCUACAAAAAAGUAACAACUACAAUCGACAAGAGGAAGGUUAUUCUAAAAGAUUUAAUCAAUGGAGAUUUUGAAUUGCAGGUGUUCAAUGUUUUGCACAUUCCAAACUCCAAUUACUUAAGACUCUGUGAUGAAGUAAUAGAUCCUUCUCUGUCACAUAUCAAGUCCUCAGGAACUUUAAAAGUACGAAUUAUGCCGUACAGUUUUAUUUUCCCAAAUAUUGCUCUCUCAUUUCCAUAUACCACCUCUAAUGUGAUUAAUUUAUUCUUGUUAAAAUUUUUCAGAUUGAUUAAUAAUCAAAGUAAUUGCAAUGGCGCAAUUCCACCACUAGAAGAAAUAUCUGAUGCAUACAAAACACUGGUUCAAACAUAUGAGUAUGAGAAGCAAGUCGUGUUAAAUACCAUAUGGUUUGAAAUGCACAAUUUAUAUCUGCCCAUGAUUAUUAACACAUGUUUGGAGUGGAUUAUUGACUCGUUCGAUCAGAACAAGCAUUACUCUGCAGAGCUAUGGAAGAUUAUUUUAUUCUUUAUUGAGAAGUAUAAUCAACACUCGGCCUACACAGCAACAGUGCUUAAUAUUUUCCAGAAAUACCAUUUCAGACUCUAUGCAGAAAAGGAGAAAAAUGUUGUCACCAAAUUGUUACUUUCAUUUGUUGAGUCUAUCAGAAUUGAGAACACCAGACUCGGUACAAAAGGCAACAUUUUUGAAGAGUUAUUUAUAAGGAACAACCAAAUCUUGUUUGGGCUUUUUUUGAAAGCCAUCAUUUGUUCCAUGAUCGAAACGCCUGUACCAAAUUCAGCAUUGGAAAGUAAUUUUGACAAUUCUCACCUAUUAUCCAAAACAAUGAUGUCUGCUAUUGAACAGUUCACCGUGAUGGUUCUUGAAGUUACCGAAAAGUUGGCAUACGCAAAGACUGAAAAGCAUGGUACUCUUAGAAUAUUUUUAAAGAACUUUUCAACUUUCUAUGCUCACUUGGUUUCAAUAUUUGGCUCAGAUAUUGGUAGCUCCAAAGUGAAAUCAACACCUUUGGCUGGAGAGCACAGCAUGUACAAGCUAUUUGCAAAGCAAGAUAUUUUACAAUUCUUUUUACGUUUUGUUGAAUCAAUCGGUUAUUUCCCAUCACUUUUCAAGGUCAAGAACAAUGAAACCGUGACACCUUCUGCAGAUAACAAACGAUCAAGAGAAAUGUCUAAUUUGGCUGCAGAGGUUCAACUCAUAAUGCUGAGCGAAUUAUUACUUCAUUUUCCAGCAUAUGAACUUUCAUUACCACCUUCUAUUCCAUUUAUUGAAUCAAUCAUUUUACGUGACAACUUCCAAAGUAUUCAAAAUUUCAGGGAUAUUCACCACUUUGUUUUUUCAUCAUUUGCCGAGUACUUUAUCCGAUGUGUUUAUUUGAACGAAGAUAAGGAACAGCGAACUAAAGCGAUUUUAUUGUUCAAGGAGUAUGUUGAGAAAGUUAGUAGAGAGUGCACCACAAUGCAGCAUUCAGAGGAACCCAGUCAUCCAAUUACAGAUCCUCAAAAACUUUCCGAGUUACGUCUUCGAAUUUUCACUUCUCAAUUUUUAUUAGAGCUAUUUGCGAAACACAUGAUUGAUCUAUUACCAGAAUGGAAGAAAAAUGCUGAUUCCAACCAGAAGAAGAUAACACUCGCUAUUGAGGAGUUAAAAAGAAAGAUUGCUCAAGUGGAAAGAGACAAACUCAGUAUUGCAGAGUCUGCUAAACAAGGCUAUAAAUCCAAGAAAGAACCAGAGAAAAAGCUUCCUCAUCUCGAGGUUCAAUUAACGACUCUCAAACAGCUAUUAGCAGCAAAAGAAAAACAAUUACUUGAAGAGUUUGAAGCAACUAAAACUGAAAAACGCAUGCUUCUCUCCAUAUUCAUCCAAACGAUCACAAAUUGCGAUGAGAAAAUACUGAGAGCUCUAUGGAAAAUGAAUCAUGAAGAGACUGACUACAACACAGAUAAUACCAUUCAUUUUAGCUCUAAAUUAUUAAUGGCAUUUCAAAUGUGUUUGCAAAGCUUUGAGUACAGUGGAUACACACCCUUGUAUCAUUUUUAUGAGAGAGUUUUUGUCAAGCAAACGACAACAAGCGGCCAAUCUUCUUCCAAUACUGGAAACGUUGCCAAGCAAACAAAUCCAACCUCAGCAGCCCAUAGUAGUUCAGGAAGCAUUUGGAAAGCCAGUUUAACACGGUCGCAGUCCAAAAAUUCGACCAAAACCAGCCUGGACGGUCAAGGAAGCGAAAUUCAAGUUGAUGACUCUCUUCCCAAGUCCAAUUCCGCUAAUUCGUUAGUGACACAUGUUUCCAAGACAGAUUUCAUUGAACGAAAAAUUAAUAUGGAACGACACAUCUCACACGAAACAGGAACAAUAAUUUUCCAAAUGUUUUUAAAGUUUAUGGAAGACAAUUGUAGUUAUAUCGAGAAUGCACUGCCAAAGGGGAAUAUUGAUCCAAAACGUUUACCUCCUCUCAUUGAGAACAUUGUAAGAACAGUGCUCAAUUUGUUACGAUCCAACCUCAGCGAGACUCUCACUGUUUCAGUACUCAUGUACAUGAGACAUGCACUUUGUCAAUAUCCAUUUACUGCUGUUUUCUAUCAUCCACAAUCCGAGUACGGUCUUCUUGUUGCAGAGGAACUGCUUAGAUUGAGUCACUCCAAAUUGGGAUCAAUUCGAAAGCAUGCAGCUGCUUGUUUUUAUUUGUGGAUACGUUUUUGUUUUGAGGAAAACAAGGGCAUGACAGUUCCUCAAAUUAUGACAACUCUCGCUCUUUCCAGAAGACUCCAAACAUAUACCAAUAUUAACAGCUUACAAAACAUUUUGAACAAUGAUACACUCGAUUCAUUCGACGAUUCACAAGUUUCAGAUGCACUUCGUUUCAUUGAAGAAUGUAUCAAAAUGUUGCCUUACUUUGCAUUGAAAGAUGAGGCCGCACCUGGAUCCAAAUUCUUCAAAAUACGAAACAAGUAUGGAAAACUGAAAGGUCAAGACGAUUUGGAAAAUCCAAAUCUUCCACUCGAUAAAAUUGGAACGGAUAAAAAACAAGAGCAUCAACAGGCAUCCACCUCCAUCAUGGAUGCGUCGAAACCAAAAGGAGAGAGGUUUCACAAUGCAAUGGUAUUCUUCAAAAAGAUUGAAACCAAAGCAGAUCAGAAGAAACAUGGACAAAAAGUUCUCGAAGUGUAUGAACACUUUCAUGAAUUACUUGCUGAACUAUCUAGAAAGUUAUUAAAUCUAGUUCAGGACACUGUGGCUAUUCGAGCCACAAUGAUCAAAAGAAAACAAAGUUCUGUUGAGGAAAGUUUUACCUAUGAUCCAUUCAAAACUGAAGAAUUACUUUACAGAAUCUCUGAGAAUUACUCCAAGCUUCCUGAACUUAGAUUAGCUUGGCUUGAACAAUUGGCUUCCUAUCACAAAGGACUAAACCAAUAUGAAGAGUCUGCACAUUGCUAUUUGAGAAUUUUAUCACUUGUCUUUGAUUAUUUAGAUCAUGCCAAUCAAAGGUUCAAUGCAAAGAAUGAUGUUUCGUUGUUGGAUAUUUUACCUCUUUCACAAUUUUAUGGUAUUUCUCCAAUGUUGAAUGAAUUUAAAUCGAACCAAACAGGUUUUCAGACUCAAACAUUACUUGGAGGAGCCAAUACUCAGUUAGAUUACAUGUCUGAUCACUCCAUUGUCAAAUAUAUUCUGAGAGCUAUUGAUUGUUUGGAGUUGUCCGAGUGCUACGAACAUUGCAUUUUGUUGUACAAGAUGCUAAUCCCAAUAUUCGAGUCCAAAUAUGCAAACUAUGCUCAACUUCAUGCAAUUUAUGAGCGACUUACUCAACUCUACAAGAAAUGUGCCUCCUUCCAAGCCUCUACCAAUGCUGGAAACACAACCUCAUCGGUUCCAAGCUCUCCAAGAAACAACAGUACCUCUGAAUCGAAUGAUGCUUCGAGCUUACUUGCAAGACUGUCCUCAUUCUCCUCUUUGAAUUCUUUGACAAUGAAAGUGGACUCAUCAGAGACAGACACGAGAGUUUAUAGCUUUUAUUACCGUGUGAAAUUUAUUGGAAGAGCAUUUGGAGAGCUUAAUGGACAAGUAUUCAUUUACAAAAUGCCAAAAUUAUUCAAGCUUUAUAAAAUGAAGAACAAGAUGAUUGAGAUUUAUGGCAAGGAUAUUGAGGUGGUUUCAAAGGAAGAAGAAGGAGUUACCAAUGAAUCUGAAGAUGAUUUAUCCUCCAUAUCCGUAGAAAAUAAGAAAAUCAUUCAAAUUAACCAUGUGAAACCCUUCUUACCAACAGUCGACCAAAUGAAAGUUCUCAAGAGAAAAUUCGAUGAUCUGAACCGAAUCAAUAGUUCAUCAUUCGGAGUGAACAGUGCGCCAAGCUGGAGAGGAGGACUGGAACGAAAAGCAAUUGGCAAGAAACCCAUGCAUACCUCAAGCGCUUCCAAACUUCCAACCAUGAUUAGUGACAGCUUGAGUCCAAGAUCUCGGUCGAGCUCCAAUCCAAAGCUAGAGCUAACUCUACUAAAUUUCAGCGAUCCAUCCAGAAGACCCACCAUUUCUCCAAUGACGCCAACUUCACCCACUACUAAUGGUUCUCCAUCGGAUCGAGCAUUGUCUCCUUCAAAGGUCACCAUUCCUAAACUAAAUUUAUCCAAGUCCUCAUCGUCAUCUGAAGCUCCUACCUCUUCAACCAGUGGUGGUAUGAACAGCAGUGUAUCGAAUAGCAAUGCAUUCCAAGAGUUGGAGAGAUUUCUCUAUGAUAGAACUCUGUCCUUGACAUUUUUCAUUCCUCGAGAGACAGAAUUUGAACGUAACAUGAAUAUCAAUCAAUUUUUCUAUGAAUAUUCUGUAAGCAAAUCGAAAAAUGCCGACAUUACACAAACAGAAAAGAAGAAGAUUGUCAUCACAACUGAAGAAUAUUUCCCCAAUGUCACUACCAGAGUUCCAGUUGUAGAAGAAAAAGUUUUCACACUCUCCCCAAUUGAAAAUUCUAUUGAAAUGAUUGAUACUCAGGUGAAGAAAUUAGAAGGAGCUAUGAAUUUAAUUCUUUCAGGAGCUGUUGGAGAUGUCUCACACUAUUCUGUGUUGGCAAAUUUAUUUAAUCAUUCAGUGGUGAAUACAUCAUCCUCCUCGACUUCAGGUGGAGGCCUAAAUAAUAAUAAUUCUUCGAUGACCAAUCUUACAAGCUCCAUACCCACACAGCACAAACGUCGAUCCACCGUUGGUACCAACAUGGUGAUCAACUUGAAUAUUACGAGCUCGUUGGGAAAUAUUCCCUACUUGAACGAAAUGAACAUUACACCCCAUACCUUAUCCAAUCUUCAAAUGAUUUUACAAGGGAGUGUUCAAGCACGUGUUGGAGAAGGACCUAAAAAAGUUGUUGAGGCCUUCCUUAAUAAGGAAUAUCGAGAAUUUUGGAAAAAGCAUCACAACACCACAAGUAAUGAUCUUGUUGAACGAUUGAACGAGAGAUGUUUCCGAUUUUUGCUGUUAUGUGAACGAGGUGUCAAACUUCAUUCUCUCAUGAUUCAUUCACAAGCUCCAACAGCUGCUAGCACCAACAAGGAUCGAGUGUUACAUGCCGAGUUGGAAAAGGGUUAUCAUGAAGUGAAAUCGUUAUUUGAGAAUUAUCUCGUUGUGCCACGAGUGAGAACAUUGAUUUCGUCAAAUUCUUCCUCUGGUGCUAUUUCACCUCCAGAGCGUGUGACUAAUUUGAAAAAUAAGGACAACUCGAAUGCCGUUGUGGAAACCUAUUUUGAUGUGAGUUUGCAAGAUGCACUGAAUUAUCCUGAACUGUUCUACAAGCAUAAUCACGUGCCAUAUUCUCUGAUUCAAACGGUGAUGGGUAAAAUUGGAAGUACUAAUAGUGGACUUGGAACGAACAAUGAUAAUAGCAAUAUGGGACAGCAACAUGGUCAACAUUCAAUUGCUGAAUCACCAAGGAACAACACAUCGUCACAGCACUCAUCAUUGUUAUUAAGUGAAAAGGAUUUGAGCAGUGGAAUGUCAAAACUUUCGGUGCAUCAUAAUCCGAGAUUAUCCAUUCCUUCCACAAAAAUGAAAGAAUAUCUAGAGCAAUUGGGAAGUAUUGAUUUUGAUCAGAGUAAGAUGGUGAACGAAGUGCUUUCUCGUUCUUCCGUUGACCAUUCGAAUUAUUUAUUGUAG